AUGAGGCAGUCAAAGGAAGUAAAGUACCUAACUCACAUACGCAUAGCCACUUUCCACACUCUGCCCGUAAUUUCGUUAAAGCAGCUUUCAAAAAAUUCACGCGAGCCGUCGAGCCGCUGCCCUACCGAACGGGACCAAAGCGCAUUUUCGCUUUCUCGGGGAUGCCUAGACUGGGCCAGGAUUAGUCUUCAUAAAGGAAAGAAGGCACUUAUCGACCACCAUGCCACUUGCAGCUAG